AUGCAAGGACGUGGGCCGUCGGGCCGGUUUUGGUUGUAAAUGACAUCGCUCCAGGGCGGGGGCGCAUGAGCUUCCUCGAAGCCAAAGAGCGAAGCGUGCAGGCAGCAGGGAACGGCUGCAAAAUUGCAACAUCGUUCGUAGCGAGCGUGAACGGACACUGAACAGGCGUGCACGGCGCGGGAGGGCUGCGCACACAUUCCACCGGGACGCUUUCUUUCAGCCGCAGAAUCGGACGGGCAGACCGCGGAGGCAGGCGAGCAUUGCGCGGGGAGGUACUAGCUGCAGCGCAAGCUUCGAAGCAGGUGGCGGAGUACGCGGAAGCAGCGCGUGUGAGGGUGGUUGAUGGCUGGGGCGACGGCCUGCCUGCGGCCAUGGCGGCUGCGGUUCAGGCCCGCGGUGGCGGCUUGGUCCGACUGAGAGUGCGUCAGGACCACGAGGUGAUUGAGGUCGAGUGCGAGUGGGGAUAUGAUGUCCGCGUGGGGUUGCGAGGUGGUGGGCGCCAGCGCCGCAGCUGGCGCGCUCGAGCGGCACUUGUGGAAGCGCUGGGGAUUGAGCGGUAUGACAACCCAAGCUCAGCGGCCAAGCUGGUCCUGCUCCAGGCGCAACCUGGGGCGGUGCUUGCGGACGUGUCGCCGGGGGAGCACAUGUGCAUGGUGCUGAGCGCGCUGCUGGGGCUACUGGCGUGCCCAGACCUGGAGGUUCAGGUGUACAACGAAAUCGCAGGUCUGCUUGCGGGCGUGGAGCAGGACCACGGACGGGCACUGCGUCAGCGCAUUGGCGGGAAGCUGCGUGAGGCGGUCGAGGUGCUGGAGGAAUACGUGGCUCACCUCCGGUCAAUCUCGGACAGUGCGCAGCUCCCAAAAGCGGAGCAUGAGCUGCGGGAAGCGCUGGAGAUGUGGGCGGCACCCGCCGACACAGACGACAGCAUGCUGGAGGUGGACACCGUCAAGGUAGUCGUGGACAUCAUGACUGGGCUGGACAUUAACGUCCUCGUAGUAAGCCUGGUCGACCAACAGGAGCUGGGCGGGCACGUCACUGCAGCGUACAGCCGGACCACGCAUGUGGCGCUGCACGAGCUGGCGGUCUCGGGCGGCGGCGCCCUGGAGCUGCCCUCAUGCAGCACUGUAGUGCUGUUUUUUGCGCACAAUCAUGCAAACUCCGUUCUGCUGGGCAAGGUGGGCGACCAGAAGACGGAGGUGGAGGUGCUGCUGGACAUGGCCGCGGAGACGCACGAUGUACGUUGGGGUUCAGCCCGGCCUGCAUGUUGGCUGAACAUGCAGGCCGGGCUGAACCCCAACGUGCGCUCCAUCCUAGGAAUGUAGAGUGCCGGCGAGCGGGUUGAGGACACGACUCUGGUAGAUACCGAGUCAGUUGAGAGAGAUGUUGCGGCGAUAGGAGAGUUUACGCCGGCGGCGGCCAUGGCAAUAGCCGUUCAGAUGGCGCCGCGAACGUUGGGUCUCUUGCCACAAGCGCGUUCGGUGGGUGACUACGGCCCCACAACGCAGGCGAAACAGGCUAGUACAACAACAGUUGCUCGUAUUGCAAAAGCAGUAGUCGGAACUGCUAGCCAGAUUGACGAGAAGCCUGUGUACAUUUGGUGCGGACCGGACAGGAUGGUAGAUCCGGCCCAAGAGGUUUUGCACAGGUUCGUGCCAAGUUUUGUUCCUAGCGCUUCUGUCCUGCAGCACGCGGCGCAAUGGGUGCAGCUCAACGAUGCGUGCGUAGGUAUACCCCAGACUCAGCACACGUGCAUAAAUUGGGGCAGUUUGGGGAGCGGCAUGUCGGCAUUUCGGGAGAUGCCUGGGGAACUGGUCAGGGACAGGCCGGUGCCGGCCGGAUUUUGCAUGGAUGAACGUGUCAGCACAUUUCGCAUCAUCAAGUAACAUUGAAGUCAGCCGUUGCAUAGCAGGCCAGUCUAUCAGGAUACUUGUCGGCA